AGUGAAAGAUGAUUGGUAUCAGUCACCUCAGUAGAUGGAGAGCAUUUCAGCCUCUGCUCUAACAACUCACUCUUACUUAGAAACCUACAAUGUUGUUUCUUGUGGUGAUGGUGUCAUUUCACCUGAUGAAACAAAGUGACACAUGCUCCUCUUUACCACAACUCAGCCUGGAUGGAGACUACAUUCUGGGAGGACUAUUCCAGCUGCAUGAGAAGUAUGGAGUGACUGGUACAGCGACUGACACUGAAAACAGAAAACCUGAGGUGCUUCAAUGUCACAGGUUUAAAUUUUCCUCAGCAAGCUACCAGCAGAUUCAAGUCAUGAGGUUUGCUAUUGAAGAGAUCAACAACUCCACAUUGCUGUUGCCUGGUGUCAGCCUGGGCUAUGAGAUUUUUGACUACUGCUCAGACUUGCUCAGUUAUGGGGCUGCUCUGGACUUUCUGACCCAAAAGAGAAGAGGAGCCAUCCCCGUGUGGAACGGUACAAACUACAGACCUAAAGUCAUCUCAGUCACUGGCCCGUUUGGAAGCAGCCAAACCAUCAGUGUUGCCCCUCUGUACAUGUCUGAGAUGAUUCCAAUGGUGACUCAUGGGGCAUCAAGUGUCAAACUGAGCUCCAAAAACAGAUUUCCCUCCUUUUUCCGAACCAUUCCCAGUGACAAAUAUCAGGUGGAGUCUAUAGUCCGUAUACUCCAACAGUUUAACUGGAACUGGGUGGCUUUCAUCGGUGGUGACAAUGACUACAGCAGAGACGCCUUGGCAGUUUUUCAGGAUGAGAUUAGACCAGCUAACAUCUGUUUGGCGUACCAAGACACCAUUCCCCAAAACCAAUCCUUAAUAGGGCGUCUAUUCAACAACAUAGCCAUGUUCAAUGUCCAGGUUAUUSUAGUCUUUGCCAAUGUGGAGUUUGUCAUUCCUUUCAUCCAAAAGGCCAUAGAUCUCAGAGUGAAGGAGAAGAUAUGGAUCGCUAGUGAGACAUGGUCCAUGAACCAAGAGUUGAUCAAGAAGAGUCAGAUUGAGAGGAUAGGGACGGUCUUMGGUGUCACUGUACAGAGGCACAAGGACCUGAGAGGAUUUGAUGAGUUCAUUAACAACACAGUAAAAUCCAGACAUGAGAAUGCAUGCACUGACAUGGACUUGAAGGAAAGAUGUGGUCAGAUUUGCUCUGACUGCAACUCCACCAGUGCCCAGACAAUUAUUGGAGAGGACCCGACAUACAGCUUUGUCAUCUACUCUGCAGUGUAUGCUGUGGCUCAUGCACUCCACAAUGCUUUGCGGUKUGGGACACGGAACUGUGCCAACUCAGAAAUCAUUGCUUAUCCUUACAUGGUCACAGAGGCACUAAAACAAGUCAAAUUCAAAUUGGACAAUCAAAGUAUAGAGUUUGAUGAGAACGGGGACCCACCGGCUCAUUACGACAUUGCUCCAGUUCUGCAGUGUUCUAGUGAGUGUAAAUCUGGCUCCAGAAGAGUUCAAACUGGCUUCCACACCUGCUGUUUUGAGUGUGAGAUCUGCGCUGAUGGAAAGUACAUCAACCACACAGACUUUCUCUUCCCUUCCUCUCCCAACAGCCGAUCCCUACAGCUGCAUAGCAUGCCAAAAGGAUGA